AUUACCAUGAGUUUUUCAACUACGCUUCAUCUUUUAAGAGGAGCUUUUUGUUGAAAAGUGCUUUUAUUUAACGUUUUAAAAGAAAGGAAUUAUUUUUUUUUGUGACAGAUCCGUGAACGGUAGAACCAGUUCCUACGGACUUAUUUGGUAAAUCUAGCUAGUAUCGUUUUGGAUGUAUAUAUCUGCAUUAUUUUGUGUUUCUAGCUGCCAUUGUAAAAAUGAAGAAUAAUUACGCUCCAGUUUCGGAUUCUGAUGACUCUUUCAAAGUGCUCAAUGAUGAAAAGUCAGAUGCUAGAUCUUUAGAUGGUACUGGUACGCCUCCUCCGUACUCAGCUCCGAAUAAAUUUAUUGAUUUAGAAAUGGCUGAUGGAUCCACUCAGCAUUCUGCCCAAGAGUCCACUAACAAUAUUGGGUCGGAUUCGACAUAUUCGAUGUGGGUUUCAGCGAAUAUCUUCUUAUUUUUUGCGUCUCUUGUGUAUGUUAUUCCUGUGAGGACGGAAACCUUUUGGGGACUUUCUGUUACCUGUCCAGUGUCCAUUGUAGUAUUUCUCUAUUCAAUUUCUCAAAUUCCUAAAGAAUGGUUCAAUCAAACUGGUAGAGUGCUGUCCUACUUAUUCACGCAAAUUUGUAGUGUACUGUCCAACAUGUGUGUCGCAGUAAUAUGUACGGAUACGCGACAACUUCGAAUCUUCAUUGCUGCUUCAGGAAACUUCAUGGGAAACAUGGUGAAUGACAUACCAAACGACAUAAGAAAUGCUGCGAAUUAUGUUCGACCGACAGAUCCAGAAAAUGAAGCACCUCAUAACGAGGAAAUCGAGCUUCAACCUUUUGCUGGGCAAAGCGGUGAAGUUUGA